AAUGGCUGAACGUGAACAGGAACGUGGUGCGGAGUUAGACCCAAAUCAUUUCUGCUGUUCGGUAUGUCUGGACCCACUAAAGGACCCGGUAACAAUUCCCUGUGGACAUAGUUUUUGCAAAGGUUGUAUUGAGGGUUUCUGGGACCAGAAUGAGAAGGGAAACUGCAGCUGUCCUCAGUGCCGGGAGAUCUUCAAUCCUAGGCCUGUUCUGAGGAGGAACAACAUGCUGGCUGAGGUUGUGGAGAUGUUAAAAAGAACAAGCCCCCAGCAGGCCUCUCCCUCUGGUCCUGAGUCAGCUGCUACUGCUGUGGAGGCCGCUGCUGCUGAGGCCUGUUCCAGCCCGGCAGACGUCCCCUGUGACUUCUGCUGUGGGGCCAAUCCCAACAAAGCCACCAUGUCGUGCCUGACGUGUGUGGUGUCUUACUGCCCAGCUCACCUCCAGCCUCACUACAGUGUUCCAGCAUUGAAGACGCACCAGCUGGUCUCUUGCUCAGUCCCUCUGCAGGACAAGAUGUGUACGAAGCACAGCAAGCUGAUGGAGGUCUACUGCCAGACUGACAGGAAGUGUAUCUGCUAUCUGUGUGUUAUAGACGAGCACAAGAGCCAUAAAACCGUGUCGGUUGCUGCAGAGAGAGAUCAGCAACAGAAACAGCUGACUGUGAACCAAAAGAAAGUCCAGGAGAGACGAAAGGAGCGAGAGAAGGAGCUGACAGCGCUGCUUGAAGCUCUGAAGGAUUUCAAGAAAUGUAGCCAGACUGCUGUGAUGAGCAGCGACGAGAUCUUCGGCGAGCUGAUCUCGUCCUUUAAGAAAAGCUGCACUUUGGCCAAGCAGCAGAUCUUAGCUCAGGAGAAGACAGCGGUGGCUCAGGCUGAAGGGCUGCAGCUGCAGCUGGAGGAGGAAAUCAUCAAGCUGAGGAAGAGGGACACGGAACUGGAACAGGUGACCCAUAUCGACGACCACAUCCACUUUAUCCAGACGUUCCAGUCGCUGUCGGCCUCCUGUGAAUCUCCAGACUUGGCAAACUCUUUUCCUGUCCGCUCCAAACGUACAUUCAGAACUGUGACGGACUGCAUGUCUAAGCUGAAGGUGGACCUGGACGACCUGCUGAAGGACACGUGGACCAGCAUCUCUGCCAAAGUGUCUACUGUAAAUGUUUUGAAGCAACCUGAGCCAAAGACCAGAGAAGAGUUUUUACGCUAUUGCUGUCCUCUAAAGCUGGAUGAGAAGUCGGUCUCCCCCAACAUGUCCCUUUCACAAGAAAACCUGCAGGCAACGUGUAAAACACAGGAGACACUGAAGUCUUAUAAUCCAGGUUAUAACAGUUACAACAACAUUAUAACAAAGAGGAUCACAGGUACAGAGCAGAUGUGGUGCAGAGAGGGUUUGACAGAUCGAUGUUAUUGGGAGGUCAGUUUUAAUGGUAACGCUUGGUGUGUGGCGGUGUCUUACAAAGACAACAGCCCAACGCCAACAUUUAAAUCUGAGUUUGGUAAAGACAACCGGUCGUGGAGUUUAGAGUGUCACCGAAGUGAUUGUUACUUCAAGCACAACAAUGUAAGCAGGAACGUGUCAGGCUCUCGAUACUCCACGAUCGGAGUGUACCUGGAUUGUCUAGAAGGUAUUCUGUCCUUUUAUUGCGUUUCUGGCACGUCGAUGACUUUGCUCCACAAAGAAGAAACCACCUUCUCUGAACCUCUCUACCCUUGCAUCGGGUUCAAGGAUGACAGGUCUCAGCCAGGCACAGCUUAUUAUGCACAACUGAUGAAGAUAUGGUGACACGCUUCAUUUUGGCACCGCUGUUGAUCAGGCUGUCGUAAACCAUGUUCACAUGCUGGCUAUUUCCUGUGACAUCAUGUUUAGGGUUGGAAGCUCAAACGCUGCUUUGUCAGAUUCAUCAUUUCGGCAACUAAAAAUACAAUGUCACAGUCCAGCCGUCAAAUCAACAAAACGUGGAGCACGGGAAAAUAAAUACCAAAAAGACGGCUUUUUUUACGAGCUAAGUGCUCACAUUACAUUUGUUUUCUAAAAGAGUUUCUUUGUUCCUUUCAGUGGCUGUUGUCUUUCCCCAUGUUGAAAUAAUUAAACAGUUCAUUCUUCUGUGUUGUAAAAAAAAACAACUGUGUGGUUUUCCAAUGUUUGAAAAGUAGUGUCUUGAAUCUAACUGAGGAAGAUCAGAAUAUUCCAGCUUUGUGUUUCUUUCUGACUUGUUGUUGUAUCAAGUAACACGAACAGUAAUCCAUUUGUUGAGCAAAAAUAAACUAUUAAAUUCA